AUGUUUAUAGCUGAUACUUUGUCGAGAGCCUAUCUUCCCACCACUGGAGAUGCCACAGAGCUCAACAAGGAGAUGGAAGUCAUGGUCCAUGGAUUGGUAACAAGCUUAUCAGUAAGCCCGUCAAAGCUUGACCAACUUGUCAAGGUCACAGCACAGGACUGUGAGCUACAGGACUUAGUCGCUACUGUGAGAAAGGGUUGGCCAACAGUGAAAUCUGAGAGCCUCAUGUCAGUACGCCCAUACUGGACAAUCAGAGACGAGAUCUUUGAGGCUGAAGGACUAUUAUUCUAUGGCGAGAAGUUGAUCAUCCCUAAACAACUUCGUCGUGAAAUGCUCGCAACCAUUCACGAGUGUCACCUUGGAAUGGAAAAGUGCAAGUCAAGGGCACGCGCAAGUGUCUACUGGCCUAAUAUGUCAUCUGACAUUGAAGAUUUUGUAUUACGAUGUUCCACAUGCAACAGAUUCAAGCCCAAACAGCAAAAGGAACCUCUCAUUCCUCACAAGGUACCUGACAGGCCUUGGCAAAAACUGGGAAUGGAUUUAUUCCAGUUUGGAUGUAAAGACUAUCUAGUCAUAGUAGACUACUACUCCAAGUUUCCUGAAAUAUGCAUGCUAGAGAACAAAACGGCUAGCAAUGUUAUCCUGCACCUGAAGUCAGUACUAGCAAGGAACGGCAUCCCAGAGGUCAUUAUGUCUGACAACAUGCCAUUCAGUUCUAGAACAUUCAGAGAGUUUGCGAGGAAAUGGGACAUAGAACUAGUGACGUCAAGUCCUACCUACGCACAGUCUAACGGUUUGAGUGAGCGGAUGGUGCAAACCAUCAAGAACUUUCUCAGGACAGCUGAGGAAGACAACAGUGACCCAUAUAUUGCACUGCUGGAAUACAGGAACACUCCGUUAGCAGGAACUGAUUAUUCACCAGCACAGCUAUUGAUGAGCAGGAGGUUGAGGUCGAGGAUACCCACAGGUCGUGACUUAUUGACACCCAAGGUCGCUCAUAGUGCGUCUGAGCAACUCAGGUCGCGUCAGGACAGACAGAAGUACCAGUAUGAUAAACGAGCCAAGUCACUUCCUCAGAUAAGACCAGGAGAGUCUGUGAGGGUUCGAGUUAACAGAACCUGGGAGCCUGCUCGGGUACGUCAGAAACACACCGAGCCCAGGUCAUUCAUCAUUCAGACACCCAACGGCAGGAAGUACAGGAGAAACAGGAGAGACCUGCUUAAGACAGCAGAACCUCCACCUACUAUCAUUGGCACAGAGAUUGAGGAGCCAACAGCAACAAUGACAAACGCUACGUCGGAGCCUCGUGCAGUAAUAUCAAAGCCACAAGGAACCCCUGGAAAACAACAAGACUCUGUUGUCCCAAAAACUGUACCAUCUACUAGUAAUGUUGCAAACAGUGUGAAAACCUCUAGUGGCCGCGUUGUGAAACCACCCACUUGGUUCAAAGACUAUACUCCGUGA